AGUUUCGCUUUCUCCGUGGGCUCGCGAGCAGCGGCGGGCGCCAUUCCGGUCAGUCAAUCAGCGAUGUCGCAGCUGCUGAGAGCAUCCUCCGUUCCGACCCUGGUCGGGCUGGAAGAGGAGUUGACUUGCGCCAUCUGCCUCUGCGUCUUCGAGAGCCCGGUCACCACGCCAUGCGGGCACAACUUCUGUUUGCCUUGCCUGGAGAUGACGUGGGGCGACCUGGAGAAGAAUUUUAGUUGCCCCCAGUGCAGGAGCUGCUUCGACAGCCGGCCGGAGCUGAAGAAGAACACGGUGCUGUGCCGGGUGGUGGAGGAGUUCCAGGGCACCCUGGGUGGCCCGCCCAAGAAGGAUGAGAAAGCGAAGCAGAGGGCCAGCAGCAGUCCCCCCGCGGUGGCCUGCGAUAGUUGCCUGCAGGCGGCUGCGACCAAGACUUGCUUCACCUGCAUGGCCUCAUUCUGCCAGGAGCACCUGAAACCUCACCUGGAGAGCCCGGCCUUCAAGAGCCACCAGUUGGCUUCGCCUGUGGCGGACCUCCAGCAGCGGAAGUGCCAGGCCCACAGUAAACUGCUGGAGUUCUACUGCAAGGAGCACGGCAGCUGCAUCUGCUGCUUCUGCCUGGUCACCCACAAGAAGUGUGUCACCGUCCCCUUGGAAGAGGCCAAGGAAGAGAAGGAGUCCCAGCUGAAGCAAAGGCUGACUGAACUCUAUGCUCUGAACGAGAAGGCUGACCAGUCCUUGAACCAAGUGCGGAUGCAGCAGAAACAAAUCAGUGACACAGCUAGACGGAAGCUGGACUUGCUGAAGUCAGAAUUCCUGGAAAUGAUUGCUUUAAUUGAAGAAGAAGAAAAAGAAUCUGUCAAGAAGGUCUUAGCAGAAGAGAAGAGAGUCCGAGAUAAAUAUGAUUUUGUAUAUAAAGUCCUUGGUAAGAAAAAAAAUGAAAUUCAAGGGGAAAGAGACCAAAUCGAAAUGGCCUUGACUGAAGUUGAUGAUAUCGCAUUUUUAAAGAAGUCAGCAAAACUGCGGCAGUUACCCUUCAAAGACGUAUUCAUUCCCAAAAUAGAUUUGGAUCAAAAGUUGAUACAUGCCAUUUAUCAAAAGGCCUUUGGCCUCAAGGAAAGUGUGAAACAGUUUUUGACUCAUCCUAAAGACAAGAAUACAGAAGGAAGUACACAGUCAAACUUCAAACCACAGACCAAUUUCUUGCAACCAGGAAAGAAAAAAAAUGAAUCAACAUUGGAUCAAAUGAUUGCUGACUUUUGGGCCAGAAGCACUAUGAACUACCCUGAAGGGGCUGCAAAGGGAGAUGAUCAGCCACCAGAUUCAUCACAGGAGAAAGCCACGGAAGAGGCGACUGCUUCUGGUGCUCCAGAAUCCAAGGCAAGAAGGCGACCUGCUAAACGGUCACAAAGUCCCAACCAGAGAGGAAGAAGCUCCAGCAGGACUCAGUUAACAACCCUUGAAAGCUUUUUAGCAAAGUCAAGAGAGGAACUUUUGGAAUUUGCUUCACAAUUCACUCUGGAUUACAAAACUGCCCAUCAGAAAGUGCUCUUAUCAGAGAGGAACACCAAAGUAUCUGUGGCAGAUACCCCCCAGAACUACCAGUACCACCCCCAGCGCUUCAGCUACUGUUCCCAAGUGGUGGCUUUCCAGUGUUUCAAGAGGGGCAUUCAUUACUGGGAGGUGGAAGUGGAGAACAACUCUUUCUCUGGAGUCGGGGUCUGUUACGGGAGCAUGGCAAGGCAUGGGGUGGAAAGCCGCCUGGGGCGCAAUGACUGCUCGUGGUGCAUUGAGUGGUGCAAUGGCAACCUCUCGGCCUGGCACAAGGAUGUUGGAAAGAACCUGCCCCCCACCAAGGUGAAGAAGAUUGGUGUCCUGUUGCACUACGAAGGCGGCUUUCUGAUUUUCUUCGGCAUCAGUACAAAAACCACCCUGCUCUACAAAUUCCAAGCGCAGUUCACAGAGGCACUCUAUCCUGCAUUCUGGGUGUUCUCCAGCAAAGCGGCCAUCUCGAUCUGCCAACUGAAAUGACGGGCUGGGCAUGUCAGCACUUGCAGACUCACCCAAGCAAACCCAUGCCAAUACCCCCCCUUCUCCCCACACCCCAAGUUAGAAGCCAGUUUUGUGUGUAGCUUUCUUGUUGAUUUCAAAAUGAAGUUUCCUACUUGGAUGCUCUUCACUUGCUUUGCAGGGCUGUUAGUGAGACCAAGAGUCUCUUGCCCAAGCCUCAUUGAAAUGUGCUUUGGGCAAGCAGCCCGUGCAGAACUUGGUGGACUGCAGUCAUUGGGCAGGCUGAACUCUUCGCUUUCCCCAAGUCACUCUGCAGAAGUGGGAAGCAAGUGCAUCUCUGUGCAGGAGGCUUCUUUGCUUCUUCUCCAGUGGAUGCCUCAACAUGCAGCCAGAAGUGCAGAGCACAAAGAGUAUGGUGCUUUCUGUGCCCUUGUUGCUGCCGCUUCUGUGCAGAUGACUCAGUUCAGAAUUCUUCGCAUCCGUGGUGUGGAUAUGGGCAAAGGGACCGAAGCCUCACAGUCCCACUUCCACUUUCUCUCUUGUAGUGAUCAGCCUUCUAAGUAGGUUUUUAAGAACUUGUUUUGAUGGUUGUGCCAGGAACUACAAGGGACUUGGGUUCUGAUAAAUGAGAACAGGCCUGGAGCUAUGUAGAAGGUGGGAGGACUUUUCUUCUCUUGUAUCAAACACUGCUGAUGCUACUUUUGAAAAGCAGGGAAGGUACUACUUUGAUAAAACUGCAAGUGGGAGGAAGGGCCCUUCUGAGAAGGUGGAACAUUGAAUUGUGGGGUUUCUUCUUGCUUUCAGUGUUCAAAAGGGCCCCUUCCUCUUCUUUCCUUCCAAUGUUUUGAAGGCAUCUUAUUCUUCGUAUGUGAAGAUGUUGGGAAGUCCCUCUUGUGCCACUUGAUAAGCCCCUCUUAGCCUGAUUCAGUUAUCAAAGCAAUGCAGGCAUAAGGAGCUGAAGCUGUAGAGGGCUUUCAGCAAUACUCUGCCGGCAGAGACAGGAAUGUCAGAAGGGGGAUUGUCAGGCUGUGGUUGUGCUUCUCAGACCAGCCUUUGGUGGAAGUGGGGGAGAUGACCCCCCCAAUUAUCUCAACUAAUCCAUUUUAAACACCUAUGUGUGAGUGAUUGCGUGACACAAAAAGUUCUCCUCUUGGUCUUUCAGUCUUUGCUGCAAGGGUUUGCCUCUUGGGAGGAAGGUUGGGGGGGUUGUUCAGAAUGCUUCAGGCUAGGCUUGUAGCGUGAAUCUUCCACUGGCCACCGUUGGGAGGAGUCCCUUAUCCCUUUCGCUUGUCAUACGUAGCCCUUCAGGUGCAUUCAUUGACAGUGUUUGUCUGUGGAGCAAAUGCUCAAAGGAUCACUUGUGUGAUUUCAAGAAGGGUGAACAACCAGUGUAUCAAAUGUAAUCACAAAUCUUCCCACCUGCCAUUUCAAACAUAUUCUAUGAACUGUCUGUUUUUUCCUUUUUAAAAGCAGACAGUAAGUGGGAAAGAACCUGAGAAAGCUGGAGGACUUGGUCUCUUGGACAACCUAUUUAGCCUUCCUGUGGCUUUGAUGGUUCUUCAGAAGUUGAUAUAUCCUGGUUCUAGCUGUUGUGCAUCCUGGCCACCAAAGACAACUUAGUUGUUCCUCGUUUACCAGAAAAGAGUGACAAACUAGAGACCCUGCUAAGGGGUCUUAAGACCUUGUUUACUUCACACCAAUGGUAACAAGAACUGUCUUUUCCUGGUACUGGAAAAUACAGAAUUGGAAAGAAGCUUGAUCCAAAUAUUGUGGCUUAAGAAGUCCCACAUUUUAGGAAGCACACAUGCUAUCAGGUGUAGAGAAGUACCUAUAUUCUGGCUGAAGUUAAAUGAACUGAGGGAGUGUCAGUGCUUUCAGUAUGAACCCAGAUCUGUGGAGCAAGUUUGAGAUGAACACAAAGUAUGAUUCCCACAAGCUGGCUCUUGUUUUUAAAGUAAGAAGUCAUAAGUUUCUUGCUAUAGUUAUAGAGUCCAGUCAGAGAACACUGUUGGGAAGAAAUGAAGGAGAAAUGGGACAGCUAAAAACAGCAAGCUGUGGUGUUGACAGGAAGCAAAAGAACACUAAACCACUACUGGGGCCUUGGUUGGUCUCAGCAGAAAGAAUGAUUGGGAUAAAGGUCUAAUGUAGCCUCUUGCAAUAUACUGAAGCUCCGUAGUCUAUGGGAACUCUAGGUGAUAUUUCUUCCACAAUUAAGCCUUUGCACACUUGAUCUGGGAUGUGAGUACUUCUCAUUUUAUGAAGAAAGCUGUAGUUCUAUUUCCUCACAAGGACUACUAGGAGGUCACUAGUAAUGCUUUUGGGACUAUGUUCCCCCAAAUGAAGUUUUGUCUCUUACUUUAGGCUUUCUCAUUACAAAUGAUAGUUGGGAUUUUGAUGCACUUUUCCAUGUGCUUAAAAGAAAUCCCACAAGAUGGAAGGCACCUGGAUCUAGUUUUCCUUACUCACAUUUUGUGUGAUCUGGGAUAUGUUCACUAUGGUGACUUAACUAGUUUCUGUAUUUCUUUGUGCUGGGGAUAUGAUCACAACUGAAGUCUUUUCCAGAUAAUGAAGUCUUAUGGCGAUACUGGAAUAGUUCUAAGGAUUUUGAAAUAUCUUUGUGAUUCACAGGGAAUUCUGUGUUUAUAGAGAUCACUACUUUUACCUUAACAGAGUUUAGUCUUUAGCCUGGCAUGAUAUUGUCCAUUGGCUAAAUAUUGAUCUUUUUGAUUAUUAAUAGAAAGUUAGCCUGUUCUUACACUGUGGUUUACUCAGCUAAGAGUAGCUGAGCCUUACUUCUCAGCCUCACUUCUCAGCCAAGAGUAGCAUUGCUGUAAUCUCAUGGCAAGAUGGCUGGUGGCAUAAUACUGAUGCAUCUGUUGAGCUGGAGUUACGCAUAUUAUACACCUUGCUGGCUUCAGGGUAAGGGGGUGAAGCCUCAUGCUUUGCCUUUGAAACCAGUGGUUUCUUGGCUCAGUGAGGCCUGCUGUGUAAUCUAGUUUUUUAUGUGGAACCCUUCUCUGAGAAGCAAUGCUUUCCUGAUGGCUGCAUUUGCAUGGGAUACAUACUAAACUAUUAUGAUGACCUAGCAUGUAGAUUAACAUUUUCUGCCAAACCCUUUCAGCAUAGGAAAUGAAAGCCAUCUGGGUUAUAAGCACAGCUGUGAGGAAAUGGUUUCAGCACACAUGGGUGCUUAUAUCGAAACAGCAGAAAACAGAAAUUCAAGCUGCUUCUCUGUAGAAUCUUGCAAAAUUAUGUAAUCAAAACAUGUAGUGAAAGUUUCUGCUUCUUAUGAUGAGUAACAUUGAUCUGUGGGUUGCUUUAAGAAGUAGAGAUUAAAAAUAAAUGUUGUCUCUUAAACACUGUUGUUAAGCUCCUAACCUUGCUUUUUCGGUUUGUAAUCUGCCUGUUGCCAUCUUGGACAGUCUCAAUUGUAAAGCUGUGAUAUAUCCAAGAUUACCUAGCCUGUUCUUGUAGUGGAUCAGACUUGUUACAUGACAAUUCAAUAAAUUUUGAUUGUGAUCAUU